UUCAGUAUAUCUUAGAAGGCGGCGGCAUCAGCCAUUCAACUUCUUUCUUUCAGCUCUACAUCCUGUGGCUUGGCAUGCAGAGCACAGUGCCUUUGAUCCAUCAAUGUCCAGCACUGCACUAGGUUUCAGGAUAGACCAGGUCAUACGCUUAUAUUUUUCUGAGCGAGAGUGUACCCUCCUUGAUAUACUGUAGAUAUAAACUGCAACGAUCUUUCAAGACACUUUGUAACACCCGUCAUGACUUCCCUGGCUAACUCCUCUCCCUCUCACGCAUCCUCAUCCUUAUUCUGCUCGUCAUCACGCUACAGCUGCACCAGCAUCAGCUCGAUUCGGAUGGAGGGCUCUGCUCCAGAAGACCCUCUCCUCGGGCCCUUCUUAGACCAAGGAUCCGACACCCUGUUUGGGGAAGAGCUUUGUGCCUCCCCACCGUCCUUACCAUCCCUUAGUAACCACUGCAGGGGCUCCUACUCCCUAUACAAGGGUGAUCAGGAGUCCUUGCCAGGUUACCACAGUGACCGUAGCUCUUUUCAGGGUUACAAAGGGGAUUUGGAUUUGUUCAAAAGCCAUGGAGGUGAGAGAGAAGGUUUCAGAGGUUUCCAGGGAGACAGGAAGUCCUGCUCUGGGAGUUACCAAGGUGACUGGAACCAUGGAGACAGCUUACAGGCCAGUUCCGGUCGUCCUGCUAGUAUGGGUGUUGUCCAGACAGCAGGUGAAACUUACUAUUUGUCAGCGGACGUUGGCUACUUUGAACCGCAUGACAUCGUGGUGAUGGCCUAUAACCAUUGCAUAGUCAUACAUGCUGAGAAGGUCGGAAGUGACGGAUGUGUCAGGAACAAAUUUUCCCACAGGUCUGUGCUGCCAGAGGACAUGGACCCUUUAUCUGUGAGCGGUACCCUGACACCAGAAGGCAUGCUCGUAAUCAGUGUGAAACGCACCUGCACACCACCCAUGACCUCUGUGACCUCCUGUCCUCCACUGUGACACUUACUGUUGAACUCUGUCCUCUCACAAUCUCACAAAAACAACGCAAGCAUAACUAAAAAACAAAACUAAACAUAAAAAGCAUAAUGCCAAGAGCGACUACAGACACAAAAGAGCAGAAUAUUUCAAAGGUUCAAUCCCAUAUGAUGUUUAUUAACUCAAGCAAAAACAAGAUAACAAAUAUUAUUCAAGUUGUCAUUUUAUUCUAUUAUUAUGCAAUUUAUCUGUCUACCAGUAAUAGUAUUUAUAUGAUAAAAUGCUACAGUAAAUCUGAAUUGCAAAAAACCUCAAAUAAAGAGCAUUUAACAUACUUCUAUGUGUAAUUCAAAAAUUAUUUCUGAACUAAGGACUUCCUUACUUAGUACCAGGCAGUCACUGAUGCUAAAUACUCGGUGCUUUAGCAAGAUAAGCAUUUAGCAGUUAGCAUGCUCAAUUAAUGGCUUUCAAUAGCUUUAUAACAUAAAAAAUAAUGCUGAUCAGUAAACUGUACUUAACAAGUCAAAGAAGCAAGUCUAGAUUUACCCAAAUACUAUGCAUGGUACAUGAUCAGUGAUGCAAGUGUUAGAAGUCUUCUGUAGGUUCCUCGGUUCCAAGGGGGCUGCUAAAUGAUCUUAUGAGUUAAUCCACUGCAUAGAGUGUAUGUUUUUUUCUUUUUAACAACUGCUUUUCCUUUAUUAAAUAAAUAUAUUAGAUGACAAAUUGACUAAAUGGUUUCAAUAUUUGUAGAUAUCUUGUAAUAAAUGCAUUGUUUGCAGGUUAAUAGUAUACAUUAAACUGCAUAUAUUAAUACCAUAUGGUAAACAUUGUGUUACAAGAAGAUUAUGGUCCUCAAAUUUUCAAAAUGUUUUCAUAUAAAAUCAUUAGCUAUUUUUUUGUUUUCCUCAAAACACCUAACACUGAAUGUCUGUUUUUGCAUUUUGCAACUAGCAAGAUUAAACUUUACAACUUAUAGAAAAUUUAAAGCCAAUCAAAUUCAAAUAUUAAACAAUGCCUGAAUACAGACUGUCUGCAGGUGUCUUAAGGUAACCAAUAACAUAUUCUGGAACACAUUCUGUAAAUGAAGGAAGGCUCCCAUGCAGUGUAAACUCACAAAUGCUCAUUCUGCUCAAAAUAUGAUUACACUUUUAGAACUAAUUCAAAUUGAUUUGUUGAAUCUAGAAUUAAUUAAUGUAUAAUCUAACUAAUUAUAGCCCAGGUUUAAUGGUUAAGGAUAUGAAAAAUGUUCUGCUGGACAGACAUAGAAAUCUUCAUUGCUGUUUUGUGACUGGUAGUGGCUCAAGGAUCCAAGGUGUCUCUCAUUUGCAAGAAGAAUCUUUUAUUACUGACUGGGUUCAGAUUUUUUAUAAGUGCAACACUUUCAGCAUCAAAACUCUACCUGUGAUCUCACAGCAUUUUUUAAAAACUGAGCAUUUUAAUUACAUCAUUACUAUAAACCUGUGGUGAAUAUAUGUAUUUAAGUAAAACGUAACUGAUUUUUGUAAUUUUGCAUUACAUUCUAUUUCCACCAUCAUCCACUAUGCGGUCUCUGCAUCAGUUUGAGAAUAAUGCAGAGGUGGGCUAAAUUGUGAGCAAAUGUUGAAGUUGCAUGGGUAUCACCAAAUAUUUCUCUGUUUGCUAGCUAAUGUUGGCUAGACUGAAAUGUGUCAAACUCACUGGGCUUGUGUAUUUCAACAAUGGGAUUCUCUUAAACUAGCCUGUUAGGCGGUCCAGCAAAAUCACAGUCCAUGAAUGUGAAACAACUUGUCUUCACCCACAACCAAGACCUCUUCUAAAACCUAAAAUAUGCAUUCUCAGCUUGUUUUGUGUUAGCAAUUUAACUAAUCCCAGAGAGCUAUGGCACUGUGUUAGAAGGUAACUUCACAGCUUCACACAAAAACACUGUAUUGUGCUUAAGUGCUAUUAAUAAAGACAAUGAUUUACAUAAUGCAAAUGA